AUGGUCUCGACAUCACGACCGUCGUGGAUUAGUGACGUUGUAUGUCGGUUGUGGGGAGAUCGUGGAUCGCUUUUUGAUCUAUCUUCACAACUCAGGGAGCAGCUCAGCUCAAUUAAGCCCCAAAGUGACGAGCUUCGACUUCUUGCUCAGGAGUUCUUCCAAGCGGCUACUAUGACCUCUCAUCCCGACCUGAGAAUGUUGGAAUGCAUUAAAAUGUUGGCUCAUUCAGAACUCAUAUCAUGGACAGAUCUACUAAGGACUAUUACUGGUUUCACGCACUUCCAGAAAUCCCAUUGCGUCGAGGUGCUCUGUGCAUUGCUGGAAUCUGAGCUCCCACACUUGCAAUGUGCGUUCUCGCAUAUCAGCGAUUGUCUCGCAAUUACUGAGGCUGUAAUUGAUGUAUUCGUAUGGAUAGUUGAGGGAAUAUUAGCCUGCAGGGAAGUGGAAGACUUUGAAGUGAUCGAUGUUGAGGGCGCACUUUUCCAUACGUUUUCAGUUUUUCUCAGUGAUCCCUUUGUUUUUCGCUUAAUGUCGUUAGCAACAAAGAAAUAUGGAGGCGUAAUCAAAUCAUCUAUUCUGAACCGCUUGGAUGAGCUGCGGUGUCAGGAAGGGACGACUUUAAACUAUGAAGAGCUUCAAAACACAUUUUUAAGAAUAUUCGAUACUCCCAAGUACGAGAGCUCAGAACUAUCUAUCAAAUACAAAUUCCGCCGAUCUGGUAUACGUUCGCUUACUGCUGUUUUUUCGUGCUUCCGUGUGCUCGCCACAGUUGAGGAGGUUGCUGAUACUAUGCUUCUCUUCGGACAAAUUAACGCUAUCAGCCACCAUGAAAUCGUUUCUGAUAUGCUCCACGCGUCGUUCAUGAUAUUGCUGGAAGAACAAGAGACUCGUGACAACUGCAAAUCUUCUAUAGAAAUGUUCUUCUAUGUAAAAAUGCCGAGAGUUUGGGCAGCGAUGAUCAGGCUUGGAAUGAAUCCGGAAAGUGUUGUACGAGGGGUACAACGCAUGGUUUCCGAGUGUCGCCAGGUCAUCGACAAUGUUGAUUCUAUAGUGAAGGACAACACCAUCCGAGCGAUCGUUCGCCAGUUGGUCUCUGAAAGAGUUAUGUCAGACGCCGAUGGAGAUAAACUUAUAGCACAGAGAAACGAACAACUGAAAAUGAUCCAAGGAUUGGCAUGCCUAACCAGGGAUGAUGUGCAGAGACAAACUCAAGUCGCAGUGGUACUUAGUGCUGUACAAGCUAGACAUGUGAUUGAUAAGCUGUGGAAUAUGCAGGAAAAGCUGAUGACCGUUCUAACUAGGUUGAUAGGAAGUGGAGGAUAUGCUUUCGAUGCCUUCUGUUCAUCAUAUGGUUUGGAAGGUACUUUAGCAGAAAUGAGCAGUAAACUGGCGAGCCUGAAUCUUCUAUCGGAAUCCCCGUCAAAUGUCUGUGUUGAUAGAAAUAUGACUUUUGAUUUGUCUUUCACUAUGCUUACAAGAAUCGUCUACAAAUACAGUAGUAUUACGCUUGAUGAACUAGUAAGAGAUCCGCGUGGUGGCCCUGAUAAUACGGCUUGCGCAUUUUAUCAGUGGUCUUCCCGUUAUGUGAAAAGAAUUUCCUGCAAUUCACAAGAUCAUGCAGGUAGUGAUUUGCCAAUAAUUCCACCGGAGUUGAAAGCAGCAUACAAGGACAGAGUGCUGAGGUUGAAGGAGCGGCAAUUGUUCUGGGAUCCUCAUACAUGCAACUAUGGUCAGUUACUGCACGAGAUGCCGAUAGUGGGUGAAAUAAUUCUGGACUGCUUCAAAGAAAGGAAACACAUCGAGGAGGAUGUAGCUCGUAUUUUUGCUGCAUUUCGGAAGGCUAACUGUUUGCUUGUUUGCAUUAUACAGUGGUUGGAGUGUCAGCCUUCUUCUGAAGCUCGUCGUCAAAUGGCACGUUGUAUAAAAAUAGUUCUGGAGGAAAGUGUUCCAGACGAGAAAGAAGAGAAAGACAGAUGGCUGUUCACGAGGAUGGUGUGUCGCCGCCAACUUGAGGAGAUGUGCGAGUGUGAUUCGGUAAUUCCACCAAUGACCAUAACGCUAAUGGCAAUAGCGAAAAGAUCUUUCCCAACAUUGCACAGGAGACAAGUUCCUGAUAAAGAGAUGCUCAAGAAGGCUUGGUUGUAUGCGCAGCGCCAAAACUGGGCAAGUCCGAAUGUGUUACACCUUAUUGAUCAUUGUAACAGAGCAGGAGCUCACAAAUCUUGGUUUGAGUUUUACAUGCAUCAUAUGAUGAAACUGCGAUGUCCGGAUGUGAUGAACCGUGCUAUCGAGAUCAUCUGCGCCUGCUUGUUAUUGGAACCUCAAGAGACGCUCAUAACGGCUUGUGUGUUGAUGGUUGAUUUCAUGAUGGACAAGAAGAGCCAAGUACAAUUUGAGGUGCCUUAUGUAAUCCCUCUUGUUAAACUACUUACGCAGGUGCUGCUCAUGUCUGUAUGGAUUAUCGAUCGAGAGUACAAGAAAGUUAACGCCUGGAGAAAUAGCGAACUGAAGCCAAAACGAUCGAAGAUAGCUAGCGAUUCGCAUAUUCAUCCCUCUAUAAAAGUUCUCCAAGAAACUAUCGAGGUGGCAGUGAACAAGUUUGUCAAGGAGUCAAGUCAAGGCUCUCUGUAUCAACCUAUCAGCUCGGUAUGCCAUAUUGUAAGGAUGAUAGCAGGGGCGCCAGAAAGCGAAGCUAAGCAGCUACUUCUCCCUUAUCUGAAACAUUUGUUGUUCUUUCAACUAGCUCGAUUAGAGCCCGGCUCAAUUUCGUUCGAGCUCUUCGCCACCUUUUGCGACCCAUCUAAUGAGGACCACGAUUUGGAAAAGUUGAAGUUUCUGUGUUUACUUCGAAAGUCUGGCGGACUCUAA